GCUAGGCAGCAGCAAAAAUCGAUCCAUCGAACAUGUCUGGGUGGUGGGAGAGGGACGAGCCCAACGGCUCCAAGGCGGUGAGCCUGCUGCUCCGCCUCUCCGCGCUCAUCCUGGCGCUCGCGUCCGCGGUCAUGAUGGCCACGGCCGACAACUGCACCGUCGCCGGCGCGACGCCCACGGCCGUCAACUACCGGGACUACGGCGCCUUCGUGUACCUGGUGUGGGCCAACGUGGCCGCGGCGGUGCUGGAGGCCGCGGCCGUCUACCUGCAGCUCAGCGGCGCCGGCGACGACGACGGUGACGACAGGGGCAGCCAGGUCCCCGGGGUCGUGCUGGUCGUCGUCGACGUGCUGGCGCAGGCGCUGCUCUACUCGUCGACGGGCGCCGCGUACGGUUGUGGGAAGGUCGGCGUCGACGUCUGCGUGGCGUUCGGCCAGCAGGUGGGGCGGUCCAAGCUGCUGUCCUUUGGCGCCAGCAUCUCCCUCGGCCUCGCCGCCGUCGUCAAGGACGUCUCGCUGCCGUUCAAUGUCUGGCCCGGCUAGCUCGUCGGACUGAGAUGCCAAAGACGGGCAGAGCACCGUGUACCGUGUGUUGGUGUGCGCGUGCAUGGUACGUACAGAGGGAGUAUAUUGUAAGCAUCGUCUACUUUUUUUCACUAUUAAACAAUUUUUUUACCA